UCUCGGGCCGCGAUCGCUAUGGGGCGAACGGCGAUGCGAUGAGCGCCGGCGGCAGCCGCACCGGGGCCAGCACCGCGAGCGGGCAGCGGGGCUCCUCCAUGGGGGCUCGGCCGCAGUAGGAGCGGCGUCUCCCGGGGGCGCGAUCCGCCACCUCCCCCUCCCCCUCGGGCCUCCUGAGGAGGAUGGCGACGGCGGCCGCCCCGACCCAGCUCGAAGCCGAGCUUUACUACCUGAUCGCCCGGUUCCUGCAGUCCGGACCCUGCAAGAAAUCAGCCCAGGUGCUGGUGGAGGAGCUGGAGGAGCACCAGCUGAUUCCCCGGCGCUUGGACUGGCAGGGCAAGGAGCACCGCCGGAGCUUCGAGGACCUGGUGGCUGUCAAUGCACACAUCCCUCCAGAUUAUCUCCUGAGGAUCUGUGAGAGACUUGGACCCCUUUUAGACAAGGAAAUCCCACAGAGUGUGUUGGGUGUGCAGACUUUGCUAGGUGUCGGGCGCCAGUCUCUUCUGAGGGCAGCAAAAGACUUCAGACACACGCUAUGGAAAGGAUCUGCAUUUGCAGCUCUUCACAGAGGCCGCCCGCCCGAACUGCCUGUCAAUUAUGGCAAACCACCAAACGUGGUACAUAUAAUUUCUGCCAGACAAUUAACUGGAUGUGGACGUUUCAGCCACUUGUUCCCAACGUCCACCUACCAACAUAUGAAAAUGCAUAAGAGGAUUUUGGGACAUCUGUCAUCUGUGUAUUGUAUAGCCUUUGAUCGCAGUGGGAGAAGAAUUUUUACAGGGUCAGAUGAUUGUUUGGUCAAAAUCUGGGCUACAGACGAUGGACGCCUGCUCUCCACCUUGCGGGGACACUCGGCUGAGAUUUCAGACAUGGCUGUUAACUACGAGAACACGCUGCUGGCCGCGGGCAGCUGUGAUAAAGUGGUCCGAGUGUGGUGUCUCCGAACCUGUGCCCCUGUCGCCGUGCUGCAGGGCCACUCAGCUUCCAUUACUUCCAUACAGUUCUCUCCAGCAAGGAAAGGAACAACACGAUACCUCACUUCUACUGGUGCUGACGGAACAAUCUGUUUCUGGCAGUGGCAUGCGAACACCAUGAAAUUUAAGGAUCGCCCUGUGAAAUUUGCAGAGAGGUCCAGGCCUGGGGUUCAGAUAUCUUGUUCAUCUUUCAGUUCUGGUGGGAUGUUCAUUGCAACAGGUAGCACUGACCACGUGAUAAGAAUUUACUAUUUGGGCUCAGAAUCUCCAGAGAAAAUGGCUGAGUUAGAAUCUCAUACGGACAAAGUGGUUGCAGUCCAGUUCUGUAACAAUGGUGACAGCUUAAGAUUUGUCAGUGGAAGCAGAGAUGGAACAGCAAGAAUAUGGCACUAUCAUCAGCAGGAUUGGAAAAGUGUGGUCCUGGAUAUGGCUACCAAAAUGACAGGAAACAAUGUAGCAUCUGGGGAGGACAAGGUGACUAAGCUGAAGGUUACUAUGGUGGCUUGGGAUAGAUAUGAUGCCACCGUCAUUACUGCAGUCAACAACUUCCUUCUCAAAGUGUGGAACUCAUGCACAGGGCAGCUUCUUCACAGCUUAUCUGGCCAUGAUGAUGAAGUGUUUGUGCUGGAGGCGCACCCGUUUGACCAGAGGAUUGUGCUUUCGGCUGGUCAUGAUGGCAAUAUUUUUGUUUGGGAUAUAGACAAAGGAACAAAAAUUCGCAAUUACUUCAACAUGAUUGAGGGCCAAGGCCAUGGAGCUGUAUUUGAUUGCAAGUUCUCACCAGAUGGACAGCAUUUUGCCUGCACAGACUCUCAUGGACAUCUGCUACUAUUUGGUUUUGGAUGCAAUAAAUAUUAUGAAAAGAUUCCAGAUCAGAUGUUCUUCCACACGGAUUACAGGCCACUAAUCCGUGAUGCAAAUAACUACGUGUUGGAUGAACAGACUCAACAGGCUCCACAUCUGAUGCCUCCCCCAUUCUUGGUGGAUGUUGAUGGGAAUCCUCAUCCCACGAGAUUCCAGCGGCUGGUACCAGGGAGGGAAAAUUGCAAGGAUGAACAACUUAUUCCUCAGCUGGGAUAUGUAGCUAAUGGUGAUGGUGAAGUAGUGGAACAAGUCAUCGGGCAGCAAACUAAUGACCAGGAUGAGAGUAUCCUUGAUGGAAUGAUAAGAGAGCUACAGAGGGAACAAGAUCUGAGACUCAUUAAUGAAGGAGAAACUCUUCCAAACCCUCCACUCAAUAGAUCCCACUCCGUUAAUGGAGCUCUUCGAAGCCCAGGUCUGGAUGUUACAUCUCCACCAAACGUUGGUCUCCGGAGAAGUGGCCAGAUCGAAGGCGUCCGGCAAAUGCAUCACAACGCUCCCCGGAGCCAGAUGGCAACCGAGAGGGAUCUGAUGGCCUGGAGCAGGAGAGUGGUGGUGAAUGAGCUUCCUCCAGGCAUCAGCAAGGUCCAGGAAGAAUGUCGAGCUGCCAAAGGUGAAAUUGAAAUUAACUUGUACACUGUUGAAAAGAAGAGGAAGCCAUCCCACACCUUGCAACGGAAUGAUUACCAGCCAGGAAGUGGAAGGUCUUUGAGGAGGAACCAGCGGAAGCGCCAGCACGCCUACCAAACGCGCUCCACCAUCGAGCACCAGCAGCAGGGAGCCGCGCAGAGCGUGCGCGCACGGGCCGACUCAGACAGCUCCUCCGAGGAAGAUGAGACUGUUGGCACAAGUGAUGCGUCCAUGGAUGAUCCUGUGGCCGCCUGGCAAAGUGAAAGCAGUUCCAGUGAUUCAUCCAGUGACUAUUCUGACUGGACAGCAGAUGCUGGAAUUAAUCUCCAGCCUCCAAAGAGACAAACCCGGCAGGCAGCUCGGAAAAUCUGUAGUAGUUCUGAAGAUGAAAACAUGAAGGGAACAAAAGGACUGGAGCCAAAACGAAGGAAACUUAAACAGCCUAGGAAAAAGAAACCAAGUGGACUGCUCUCAAUGGAAGGGGAGCCCAGUGAGGAGUGGCUUGCCCCGCAGUGGAUCUUGGAUACCAUACCCCGCCGCUCACCUUUCGUCCCACAAAUGGGAGAUGAGAUCAUAUACUUCAGGCAAGGCCAUGAAGCUUACGUGCGGGCAGUAAGGAAAGCAAAGAUUUACAGUAUUAACAUGCAAAAGCAACCAUGGAACAAAAUGGAACUCAGGGAACAAGAAUUUGUGAAGACUGUAGGAAUUAAAUAUGAAGUUGGGCCUCCCACGCUCUGCUGCUUGAAGCUUGCAUUCCUUGAUCCAAUCACGGGCAAAAUGACAGGAGAAUCAUUUUCCAUAAAGUACCACGAUAUGCCAGAUGUUAUUGACUUCCUUGUGCUGCAUCAGUUUUAUAAUGAAGCCAAAGAAAGGAACUGGCAAAUAGGGGAUAGAUUUCGCAGUAUAAUAGAUGAUGCUUGGUGGUUUGGAACAGUGGAGAGUCAGCAGCCUUUCCAGGCAGAGUAUCCUGAUAGCUCCUUCCAGUGCUACUGUGUUCACUGGGACAAUAAUGAAAGAGAGAGGAUGAGUCCAUGGGACAUGGAGCCAAUUCCAGAAGGAACUGCUUACCCAGAGGAGGUUGGUGCUGGAGUUCCCGUGACUCCAGAUGAGCUGACAGCUCUUCUCUACAAACCCCAGGAAGGAGAAUGGGGCGCCCAUUCCAGAGAUGAAGAAUGCGAACGAGUGAUCCGAGGGAUUGAGCAGCUUCUUUCCCUUGACAUUUCUAAUCCCUUUGCUGUUCCAGUGGACCUUAGUGCCUAUCCCAUGUAUUGCACUGUUGUUGCUUAUCCAACUGACCUCACCACGAUCAGGAGGAGACUUGAAAACAGGUUUUAUAGGAGAAUCUCUGCCCUGAUGUGGGAGGUGCGCUACAUUGAACACAAUGCCAGGACUUUCAACGAGCCAGACAGUCCUAUAGUCAAAGCAGCCAAAAUUGUAACGGAUGUCUUGCUUCGCUUCAUUGGGGAUCAGAGUUGUACUGAUAUAUUAGAAAUAUAUAACAAGGUGAAAGCAGAAGACCUAAGCAGUACUGAUGAAGAGGAGGAGGUGGCAGAAGUAGAUGUAGAUUCAGACGCUCCAGGAACUUCCUCGGGAAAAAGACGAGUGAGACGACGAGUGAAAAGGCAGCCCGUGAAAGCAAGUCCUGAUGCUUGGAAGGAACAGUGCAAGCAGUUAUUAAACCUGAUUUAUGAAAGAGAGGACUCUGAGCCUUUUAGGCAGCCAGUUGAUCUCUUCUCCUAUCCUGAUUAUCGAGAUAUUGUAGACACUCCUAUGGACUUCAGCACUGUGAAAGAAACCUUGGAAGCAGGAAACUACACCAGUCCCUUGGAAUUCUACAAAGAUAUUCGUUUAAUAUUCUGCAACUCUAAAGCUUACACUCCUAAUAAAAAGUCUCGAAUUUACAGCAUGACACUUCGACUCUCUGCCUUAUUUGAAAAUCAUAUGAAAAAUAUCAUCUCUGAGUACAAGUCAGCAGUGCAAUGUCAGAAGAGGAAAAGGCCACGGUACCGAAAGCGGCUGAGGAGCAGCAGCAGUUCACCCUCAACUAGCAGAGCAUCCAGCCCAAAAGGGAAACAGAAGCAAAUGAAGACUCAACCUAAACCCAACCAGAAUACCUCACUGCCUUUGACUAGGACUAGUUCUUCAGUUUCAUCUCACGUUUCAGAUACAGCAGAAGAACCUCUGGGUUCAGCCACUGGUGAAGAGAUGGAGAGUCAGCCAUCUUCCUCAGGCUCGAAUGCACAGAACCGAGGUGGAAAUACCAUUGAUGCAGGGAAAAGCAGACCAAUCAGGAGUAAAUCUACACCUGUGAAGCAAGAUCACUCUCCUGAUGGACCACUCACAAAUGGUGAUGGCAGAGAGCCCCGGACAGGAGUCAAGAGGAAAUUAAUGAAUGCGUCAGAAGAUGAGCAUCUGGAGGAGGUGGAGGAGGAGGAAAAGAGAGAACUAAAGGAAAAGUCUGGUUUAUCUUCAUCGGAAAGCGGGGAAUCGGGCUCCAGUUCGAGUUCUGAAAGCAGAAGCGGCUCGGAUUCCGACUCGGAGUCGACGUCCAGGACGGAUCAGGAUUACAUCGACGGAGACCACGACUACAGCAAAGUGGUGCAGUCCAAAAAACCCAAGAGAAAAAUCAAACGCAAACUCGCCGGCGGGAAGCGGAAUUGGCAGGGCAGAGGGACGGGCAGGAGAGGCAGGUGGGGGCGGUGGGGCAGGUGGGGCAGAGGGGGAAGAGGCGGCAGAGGCGGAAGAGGCUGCGGCCGAGGAAGAGGCGGCGGCAGGGGAGGAAGGAGAGGCCGAGGGGGCCGAGGAGCCUCGCGAGGAGCCACCAGAGCCAAACGUGCCCGAAUCGCAGACGAUGAGUUUGAAAACCUGUUUGGGGGCCAGUUUGGUGAGAACGCGUUUGGAGGGAGGUUCAGCCGGCCGCCUCGGAUCAAAACGAGGAACGAGGGCAGGAGAACUGUCUUGUACAACGACGACUCCGACAACGACAACUUUGUACACACCGAGGAUCCUUUGAACCUUGGUACUUCCAGGUCAGGCAGGGUGCGGAAAAUGACAGAAAAAGCCAGGGUCAGCCAUCUCAUGGGAUGGAAUUAUUGACAGGUGAUAAAAACAAAACCAAACUUUGGAACAAUUUUCAAAGAACUUCAAUGGCCUUCUACUGCAGGGAUUUUACCAGAAAAAUCUACCAAGCGAGUUGUGCGGGGACUCCACUCACGUUUCACAGUGGUGCUUUUCCAUUCUGUCACUUUGCGUUCGUUUCGAAGCUCCAGGUCGCCACACUUCAUUGGUCAGAAACAAGCCUUAGUCAUUAGGCCUUAAAUUGCAGAAAUUCUUCCCCACACACUACAAGCUCAUCCCAUUCGAGAGGCUUCCAGCUUCUCCAGAAGAACGUGACGUUGCCAAGUCGCGGUUACGACUCUUCUCUCUCCCUUGUUUUUUUUUUGUAUUAUAGAAAUAGCACCUUCUUACAGAGUUUUUAUGUGGUUUCUGCCAUAAAUCCUUAUACACAGUAAUAAUGAUAACUUUUGCACAAUACACCAAUCCUAAAGGCAGCUAUAAAAUGUUUACAGUUUCUAUAUUGUAAGAAGGAUCUGGAUUAUUUUAAUCUUCCCAGGCCAGGCGGUGAUGAAUUGUGCUGAACUGAAGUAUGUCCAUACUGCAGUCUCGGGGGUCCUGACGUGCUUUCUAUCGGUUCUUUAUUCAUGUAAAAAGUGAUAAAGGGUUGGUGCCUUGUAAAUAUGUAGCAAACCUUUUGAUGUGGUGUGUCCUAUGUGUGCAUUAACUUUAUUAAAAAGAGAAUACUUGAGAAGUAUGAAUAUCUAGACAAAAGGUGCCAAAUGCAAAAGUUACUUGCAUCUAUUUUCUUUUUGUCCUCUCAUAUUUUUAUAGUGUUACUAGAGAUUGUGCAGCUAAGGGGUGACUUCAGCAUCUGAGAGAUUCCUCCUCUUCAAAGCAUAACGUGAUUCUUUUGUUUGUCAUAGUAGCUCAGCUACCUCUAUUUACAACUACUGGAAACUGAAAAGAAAAUAGAUGCUGUUGUUCAGUAUGUGUUGAAGAAGAGGCGAGGAGGAGCGUAGCGGGGUGGAAUUGCUGGUGCAGUGGUAGAGUCAGUGUGUCUUCAUUAGCCUGACACAAUGCAAAUGAAUCCAAGGGGUGCUGAGAGCUCUCAGCAGCGCCCUGGUCUCAGCAGCCCGGGCUUGGCUUGUGCAGACAGGCCGAGUUGUCUCCCUGUCCCCACCUGGGUUUGGUUUGAUUCGCCUGGGAGGUGACGAGGGCCCCGAGGGAGGCUGACAGCGACGGGUGAGCUCCUGCUCACAGCCUCCAGAGGGACUCUUGUAUCUCAAGCUUCCAGAAGAGAAUUGGUGUUGCACUGUGCUCUCGUAUUCCUGAACAAUGCAGACUUGUAACCACAAGCGGUUGUGGCGGCCGUGGCGUUUGUCGUCCCGCUCCUCAGUGGGCAGCAGCGGGCGUUUGGCCUGGGCUGGGCUGGAGGUGGGCAGCCUCUGCCUCCCUUCCUUCCUUUCUGGGCUCUGCCUGGAAUAUCUGUGCUUUAUAGAGAGUUUUCUCCCGUCGUCUAUAAACGAAUGUGACUGUUGCACUUGGUUAAGAGAGGCAGUUAGAUGACACGGAGAGAACAAACGAGAAGAGAAGGCUUGGGUGAAGUUUUUCAAAUUGUAACUAUUUCUUCUUUUUUGUUUAAGCUUUCAUUUGAUAUCCUUGAAAGUUCUUCUGUGCACAGCUUGGUCAAUAGUUCUGGAAAACCUCAGGCAGCAAACUGACCCGUGUAUAUUCUCAGAUGCAGAAGGAGUUUAGUUUUUGACUUGCUAUAUGAAGCAGUAGCUAUUUUAUCUCGCUUUCCAAAAAUUCUAGUUAGAUGCAAAAUGACUUGAAACUGCAGAGGUUUAGUUUUGUGACGGAGGAGAGUGCUCAGAGCACUCGUGUGAGUCUAUGGUACAGUGCAAGAAUCACAGUUUUACUUCUAUAAGGAAGGUUUUGAAUCGCCUGUGAUCCGAUUCUGGGUUUGAUUCGGUUGUGUUUGAUGGGGGUUGGGGUGGGGAAAGAAGUGCAAAGGCUCUCCUAUAGAUCUCUGUUGAGCUUUAAAAUAUAACCACCUGUCCUCUCAUCUCAUAUAUAUGUAUAUAUAUAUACACACCUAUAUAUUUAUAAGAAAUGUAUUAUUUCUUUGGCUGAUUGCUCCUUCUCCAUAUGGUAUCCAGGAAUAGCAUGUAUGCCUCAGUUGAUAGUCGGAGUCCUUCCCCUUUUAGAUGAGUCCUGUUGAGCUGAUGGAAACGCUCUGGUUUCUGUUCUAACACCUGAAAACCUUGAAAUGCAAACGAAAUGCUUUUCCUCUAUUUCUGACUGGCCGAAGAUCCACUUCCUUAUUUAUUUUGUGUAGGGGUUGGGGAGAGAUAAACCACGUGGAUUCCAGAGAAAUUGUUUUAUGAGGGUUUUUCUUUGUGUAUUUUAGCAGCAAUUAGAGUAAUAUUAAGUAUGGUCUUAAAUGUAUCUUUUCUAUGUAAUGAAGUACUGUGAAGAUGGCAGUGAAGCAUCACUUUGCUGUGGCGUAAGUAUUUAACCACAUGUUACACGAUGAAGAGCGAGGCAGCAGGGUGUGCUCGAGCAGCAGAGUCUCACUUGGUGUAAAAAACAAACCAAAAAGAGCACCUUUUCUUUGUGCAUGAGAACCUCUUAGAAGCAUGAAAGAAAUAACUCAUUUUUACAGCUGUUACUUUGACUUGAGUUUGUGUCUGGAUCCUUUCUCUGAGUUAUGGAUUUCUCAUGGCUUCGUUCUGGGGACUGACCAUGGUUCUGUAGUGACUUGGUCCUCAGGUCCUGGGAGGAGCCACUUGUGGCUGCAGAAAACUUAGUGCUGACCCAAAAGGUGCAGCAGAAGCAGUAAAAUGAUUUCAACCUUGUACUGUCUGGCUCCCUGAUCCAAGGGCUGGCUGCUCAGCCAUGAGCUCCUGGCACUGCAGGCACAGGGCCACCAUCUCUCUCCUCCCACUUUACACAAAACUCCAGAACUCUGCCUAAGGAGAGGGUUUGAGGGUCUGAUUGUGUCUUGGAUUCCUGAAGCUACAGAGGUGUGAGGCAGGCCAGGGCUUCCUCUGCUGGUGUGGGGUUAACUCUUGGGGGUUAGUGCGUCAGAGUUUUCUCUCGCGUUCCUUUAGCUUCCCAGGACACCCUUUUGGAGAUCUGUGGUAUCUUGAUGAAGUUUAUUUUGGCUAGACUGUAAGGUUUAAUUCUUUUGAUGCCUGUUUUCUCCUCCAAAACUCAUGCUUAUUGUUUAUAUCCACCUUGCUUUGUUUCCUGGCAGCAUUCCCAACCUGCUGGGAGGGGGUGGCGUUAAUGAAGAUGGGCCCUGGCUGCUCUGUGCCUCUGUGGGCACCCUGCUCAGCUGGGGCAGCCUGUGCCUUCCCUUGCCCAGCCGUGGGCAGAGAGGGGCUGUUCCCCUUGUGCUGCCCGUUGUGUGGCUGCAGACAACAACCCUUAGUUCCCCUGCUCUCCCCUCACCCCUGUGCUCCCUGUCUUUGCAGUUACUCCUUUUCUUGCCCUUGCCAUGAGUUGCAGUGGAAGUCCCACGCUUCCAGCAUCACCAGAUGAUUCUGUCUUAACCUGUGAAAUUUGUGACCUGAUCUAGGUGGGUCUGCUUGGGCAGAGAGGUUGGACUGGAUGAUCUCUAAGGGUCCCUUCCAACCCCUACCAUUCUGUGAUUCUAUGACACUUUUAUGUUGGCGCUUCACUUAGAUGGGUCUGGGCAGUUUUAUCACUCCUCUCUCUCUUUCUAUCACUCUUUGCUCCAUAAACUAAGCAGAGGCCACCCCCCUCAUCCCACCCUGCAGACAAAUAAGCUAGAUAGCAGCAUGAAGAAGGAAUUGGUGGAGGGUUUUGGCUCCUUUUGAAGUGUUGCAUCUUCUCUGUGUGUUUUCCUUUUCCCUGCCUGUCUUCUGGAGCGUUCACCCCAGCUGCUCCCCUCGCGUGAAAGCAGCAGGAGAGUGUAGUACCCAGAGCACUGGGGAGAACCCCCACCAGGUGAAAGCAAAGAGAGCUUUUCAUUAACUUCUGUGGCAAGAGCAGCCGCACUGCAUUGCUUUUGUCAAUGUUUGGAGGCUCUUGACCACAAAAAGCAAGAUGAGCCUUGUCCAAGCGUUGGAAAAGGCAUCUCCUGGGUGUCCCCGGAACAUUUCCAGCAACCAUUCAAAGUCACGCACAUUAACGGGAGAAAAUAAGAUUAAAUCACUAAUUUUCCAUCAGAACUUGGUGAAUGUUUCAUCUUGGAGCAGUGAGUGACAGGGAAAACUGAAGAGCUGGAGGUUUAGGGAUGAUGGCUUGUGAGCCCUGCCUCGGAGCGUCCCGCUGUCCUCGGUCUGUGUCACCAACUCGACGUCUCAGACACGUCUUUGUGUGUUUACGUUGCCUGGGGGUUGUUUUUGUUUUUCAGAAGCUUUAUAAAGCACUGAUUAUUUACAUGGCAGACCGAAGGAGCAGUUACCAACCCAAGGCUCAGUCUCUUUAGUACGGUAGGGAGCUGUCAUUGUGUUCUUACAGGCUUGUAUUAUAGAAAAUUCCUGCGCAUGUGCGAGAGAUGAUUUCCAAUUGUUAGUAUAUCAGAGGUUUACCCAUGAAAAAAACAACUCCUUUAUGUACAGUAAGUAACAGCCUGCAAAAUUUAGUCUAAGAGUUGUCUUUUUUUAGUGUUAGAAAUGCAAAGACCCGUCAGAAGCUUGUACAUUUGGAAUAUGUCCCGUUCAGCCCACAGCAAACUCACACAACUGUGCUACGAAUCCCUGAAAAAUCAGAUUGCCAGUGGAAUUGCUGUCACAGCCUUAACUCUAGUGUUACAAAAAUGGUGCUUAAAUACGUUUAUGUGCGUGGAUGUGGUACCUGGUAGGAGUUUGUGAGAAUCUGAAGCGAAAGCGAGUGGCUUAGUGCUGUGCUUGGGGGUUAACGCUCCUGGUAGGGAACUGCGGCCACGUUGGGGAGCUGACAGUGGAAUAUUUCAAGUGGUGGGCAAUGAAGGGCAGUUUCACAGUUUGGAGGGGUUUCAAUUGGCAAGCACUGUGUAUCUUCCUGCUCUCUGGGUCUGUGAGCAGCAGAGCGGGUGGCGAGAGGAGCUGCUCCGGAGGCUGAAGGCCUGUCCGGUAUCAAAGAGGCAGAUGAGAUCAAACUCCUCCUUUUCUCUCCCUAAAAAAGCCUCCUCAGAGAGGGGGUGGCUGCUCGGGUAGAUUUGGGAAUCAAAAGUCUGGCGAUUGUUUUGCUGUGGAAAUACUAACACUGUCUGUUCCUGUGCGAGCCGUCACAACAGACUUCAUUCACAAACACCAGCCGACGGUGGCGAUGAGAUUCACGUGAUUUAGGCUCUCCAGUUUGUGUUCUGGGUGACUGAAAAACACCCCAAGAGGAAAAAAAAAAGAGAAUGCACAAAGCUAUUAGAAUUAUAUCUACUUUCUAUAUUGAUUUAUUUUUCCCAGGUGAUAUUUAUGCCCAUAUCUUCACAUCCGCUAUCUCAGGUCCCUUUAAAUGAAUACUUCAGGGAUUUUAAUGCCACUUGCUGGCAGACCAAAUGUAAUAUUUAUAUGCAAUGAGCUGUUAGUUUUUUGUAUUGUACAGAUGUAAAUUUGUAAAGAAUUUUUUUCUAGAGUUUUUUUGAAGUCACUGAUGUAAUCUAGGAUGUUUCAUUUUCCAGCU